CAGAUGAGGUAUUACAACAUCAUACAGUCAGUCACUAUGUCAGCUCUGAGACCGGUAUAGUUUCAUGAGUUUCUUGUGUUCUUUUAACUGGAACUAUAAUUAUGAUGCGGUCCAUUUUGAUCGUGGCGAUUUUACUGUCAAUAGCAGCUGCUUAUUAUAUUUGUCUGCCUCUGCCCAGCACUAUAUCAGAGCCAUGGAAACUCAUGUUUAUGGAUUCCAUAUUGCGUGGUGUAAUGCAUGUGAGCUUUUUAGCUCACGAUCUUGGACUGAGCCGACCUUUUGAUAUUGCAAAGUAUGCUGCAUCAUGGGAUGAAAUAAAGGGUCCACAGUCCAGCCCAGCAAUCCGGGUCACAGAGACGUCAUUUGAAGGAGUGCAGGCACAAGUGUUUGAGUCCACAGCAGCAGACCAAGAGCCACAUUUGAAAAGAGGUGUGGUCUAUUUCCAUGGAGGUGGAUGGACACUUGGCAGUGGAAAGAUGCAAACGUAUUACCUUCGGUGCUGGUCUAUGGCUGAAGAGUUGAAUGCAGUUGUAAUAUCAAUUGAGUACAGGCUGGCCCCGGAGGCACGUUUCCCAGAUCAGUAUAACGAAGCCGUUCAGGCCUCCAAACACAUCCUGACAGCCGAGGUGUUGAGUCAGUACUCCAUAGACCCGAAACGAGUGGCUGUGUCAGGUGACAGCGCCGGUGCCAAUCUGGCCGCUGCUGUGGCGCAACAGCCAUUUGGAAGGUGAAGAUUCCAAAAUCACCAGAAAAACUGGCACAAAGACAUGAUUCCUAACUAUCUGUUCAAUUCUCAGCUGAUUUAAUUCUGAUUCAAUUCUGAUCUUAAUUCGGAUUCCAAGGUAGGAAUUAUGGCCAGUGACAGAAGAAAAUGCAACGAUGACUGUGUAGAAAAUUUACUACAUCCAAACAGCGACAGAAAAUUACAGAUUUUGUG